GCAGGGCGGCAGCGGAGGGGGCGGGGCUUUCAUGACGCUACUGGGAUUGUGACGUCACAGAGGCAGCCCCGGGCGCUGGUGAAUGUCUCGGAACGCGGUGGGCAGGGGGAUGAGUGACUCGGGCGCGGAGGGGCCUGGUUCUGCCCGCUGCCCCCCCGAGGCCUGACUGCUGCUGCGGCCCGAGGUUACAGUGUAAGGGAUGACAUAAGCAUGGCAGGAGAUCGCCCCAGGUGUAUGACUAAAAUCAACCAAGUCUGAGGAAGAAGUGAAAAGAGACCCUUUGUUUGCAUCUGUCCUGGUGCUACAUUCUUUUCUUCCAGCUGUCAUGGAGACAAAUGGCUUGGAGUGGCUGGUGGUUCCCAUGCAGCAGCUGGUUUCCUGGGGUGCAGCUGGUGCCAUGGUUUUUGGAGGUGUGGUGCCAUACAUCCCCCAGUACAGAGACAUCAAAAGGACACAGAAUGCAGAGGGCUUCUCCACUUACGUGUGUCUAGUAUUAUUGGUUGCAAAUAUUUUAAGGAUACUUUUUUGGUUUGGAAGGCGUUUUGAGUCCCCUCUUUUGUGGCAGAGCAUUAUCAUGAUCAUUACUAUGUUACUGAUGCUGAAACUAUGCACUGAAGUACGCGUGUCAAAUGAAUUAAACUUAAAACGCCGCUCCUUUGCAGCCGCAGAUAGUAAGGACGAAGACAUCAAAGCACCUCCCAAGAGAUCCUAUCUGGAUUUUGACUUGAAGUAUUUUUGGCACUGGAGCAAGUUUACAGACUACAUGCAGUGUGUUCUGACUUUCACUGGGGUUACAGGAUACAUCACUUACCUCUCACUUGACUCGUUUCUCUUUGUGGAAACACUGGGCUUCCUUGCUGUGUUCACAGAGGCCAUGUUAGGUAUCCCACAGCUCUACCGGAACCACCAGAAUAGAUCAACUGAAGGAAUGAGCGUCAAGAUGGUGGUGAUGUGGACCAGUGGUGAUACCUUCAAGACUGUCUACUUUAUCCUCAACCAAGCUCCUUUCCAGUUCUCCAUUUGUGGAUUACUCCAGGUCUUUGUGGACAUCGCCAUCUUGCUGCAGGUUUACUUCUACAGCUACUACCCUCAGAAGCCAGCAUCACACACGGCACACCCAGUCAGCACAAAGGCACUCUGAAACUUGCUGUGGAAAUGGUGAUAGGUCAACAGUGUUGAGAAGUCGACCUUUGCAGCUUUCUUUCCUCUUGUAAAUACUAGUUUUGCUGUUGAAUUGAAAAUAUGAAUGAGUGCAAGCCUAGGAAGUAGGAGGGCUCUAUCACUGGAGUUAGAGUUGAAAAUCAACUUGUUCUGUUUGGUUUCAGACUCAUCAUAUUGAAUAUUGUUCCCUUGUUGGAGGGACAGUUAGUUUCUUUUUGCCUAUGUACCUGUGAGCCUUAUACAUUCACCAGUGUUUGUACAUAUAAUCACAAGGGCUGGAUGUUUGUGUUUUUAAUGCUAUUUAAAGAUGUUAAACCACAGAAAUCAUAGAAUAUUUUGUCUGAAGCUUUUACCUAUUUAUAUUAUAUAAAAAGUAUGUAUAUUGGCAGUAAGUUUGGAUUAUCUCUUAGGGUCAAAUAUCUUAAUAAUGUGUGAAGACACUAUCAAAUAUUUAAUGCAAAGUUUUUCAGUAAAGGGGGGGAGGAGAACCCUAGGAUGGGAACCACUUGAAGUAAACCAAUUAUCCAGUAUCAAGUGUGUAUGUAUUGGGUGAUGCAUCUCACACUGCUGGUUCAGUGUGAUGGGUGACUCAAUCAAGGUGAAAGAUUUCAUAGGGGUAAUGGGGUGCACAAUGCUGUGGCCAAAUCAAUGGAUAUCGAUAGGAACAAGGUGGGAGAAUUAAAGGGGAGGGAGAGUAUGAGUCUUAGUAGUCUUGCUUUGAAGCAGUCGCUUUCAGGGGUUCCUAAUUUGAUAGGGUGCAAUACUAUGGAAAACGUGUGGAUGUUUGGAGUAGGUUGGUAGGCUGCUGAAUGGGGCCAGGAGAACCACCAGUGAAACAUUUCCAGGCAGUGACAGAGCACCAGCAAUAAAGUAGUAACCAACUUUCAAGGCUGCUAAAGUAUGGGAUGGAGAUGGAUGCGAGGGAAAGAAAUGAAGUAGCUUUCUAUAGAGUAGCUUUCUAUUCCUGAAAUGUAGUUAGCUGAAUGCUGUGAUUCUCAUUAGUAUUACUUAAGGCCAAAUGAGACCACUUUGUGUUCCGGGCUAUUUUUUGUUAGCCAAACAUGGAAGUGCCACAGGGGACUGGAUCAGGACUGCUGUGUCAUUCUUUUUCUGCUAUUUAAAACUUCCAGGCUGUUUGCUGUUAGAGAGCUCCAAUACCUUGGAGGGGGAGUGAGAAGUCUAAGGGGGUUAUAAUUUAUAUAUGUAAUGUAAAAGUUGUAUAUGCUGUAUAUUUGCCAGCAUCCUUUAUUGUGCCCUUUCUGACAGCUGGCACUUAUCUGGAAAUGCUAAGCGGUGUACAGCUUGAAAUGGUUUGUUAUCAAACCCCUGGGCUGCAGCCGAUUGCCAUAAUGAUCCUGUCUUCAUCAGAAUGAGAUGGAUACAGAGAGAUACUUAGUCCCAAGAACCAUUGUGUCUGCACUGCCUUCUUUAUGAGAGUCAUUCUUUACUGCCAGAUAAAUCCUCUCCUCCUGCAGCUGCCAUUGGUGAGGGCAGUGAUAGACUGUUAGUAAGCCAUUUUGCUCUCUGAGAACAUCCCAGAAGGAUACAUUAUUUUAAAUAAGGCAACAAGACGAGGAUAUCACAUCUUCGGUUUUAAAUCAGGUAUUCUCACUAACCUGCUGCUUUUGGGGAUCCAACGCUCUGCGUUUGGAUUGCCUUUAAGGGAGGCCAGAUGGAGUCUUCAGAGGUGUAGUAGUUUGGGAUCACAAUGUAGCAAAAUCCAUCAGGAAUGUUUAUUUUAAGGUAAUGGACACCCGGUUGUCCUCUGCUGUUGUGCUUUUGGUUUUUCUUGUUUCCAAACUUGGCAUCACUCAAGUUUACAGUACAGCCUGACCUCUGGGCUUCCACCCUGCUAUGUGUUCCCUGGAGGCCACCUCCUUUGCCUAGAUGGGUCAAAUCUUGAAUCCAUUGGUGAAACUGCCAUAGUCUUUAACAGGACCAGGGUUUGGCCCUUUCACUACAUUUGUUUUUGUAUUUGGGCAUUUGGAGCCUCUGUUUUCCUCAAAGCAGCAGCCCAUGAGCUGAUCAGGUGUCCGUCCCUGCUGUGGCUUGUGGGUGGGGGGGGGGGAAAGACCACACGGGGGCCCCCCCCCCCGCACAAACAGCCUACACAAAUAGCCCCGAUCUCAGGAAAGUCGUUCUAUCUGAAGGCCUGGCAUAGAGUGCUAUGGUCAAACUCCGCCUCCAUGCUUUUUGUUUGACACCACACUCUUUUAUGCCUAAAGUGACCUUACAAAGAUGACAAACCUGGCACGGCAGACAAUGAAUGUUUUAGUCCUCUCAUUUCCCCAAUGUUCUGGUUGUACUAAAAGAACAUCUGGGCUUUUUGUCCUUUACAGACUUCUUUAACAACUGUCCUCUCUGGUAUGCUGCUUCAACGAGGAUUGUAUUUCUACUUGUAUGCAAACAAACACUUUCUCACAUUUUAAUGGUUUGGGUUGUUUUUUAAAUAACUUGUAAUGUUAAGAUUUUUGUAUAUAGUGGUCUUUUUUUCUACUGGUCUACGGAACAGGGGUGUAAUUACUAAGUGGCUGUUAAGGAAUAUACUUCUGUAUGUUGUGACUUAACCUGAGGGGAGAUGUGGUCCCAAACGCCUCCUUGACUUUGACUAGCAUGUAUUACUGAAGAUAAAAUAAUCCUUUUGUGUCCUUUUGGAACUCUUUGCUGUGCAGAUUCUUAACAGUCUGCCGUCACUACCAAAAACAGCAAGCUCUGUGGACAUGUUUCUUUCACGCCAGAGUUGCGAAUGCUGGAAAUGAAGCCAGCGGACUAGUAUCUAAAGUCAUUUUCUAUUUACAGCAUUUAAAAAGCUGGGAUUCUUAGCCAGCAGCAUUCAAACUUCAGCUGGAUAGAGACUUUAGAAGCAAAAUGUUACAGAACUUUUUAUGCAUCAGGAAAUAGCAGUAGCAGUGAUUGCCUCAGAGAAUUAACAAAUCAGUUACCUGAGAUACCAUCUCUUUCUUGAAUGUAUGGCACGUUUCAUGGAGCUCACUGUGUCUAUCGCAGUGAUUUUUAAAAAAAAAAAGUAAAUAAAGAAAUAUUGUU